CAAGAGUCAGCCUCGGGAGAAGAAGGGUUAACGUUCACGUUGGUGUUUCACUGCGACUCACGGAAUGAAGAUGAGAGGGAGCUGGCCGUGAGGGGGGCGGGCCGUCUGCCUUUCCCCCGUGUUCUGCGUGUGUUGCUUUCAUAGGAAGGACUUCUUUCGCUCUGAUCUUCUGUGUUCUUGUGGCAGCUUCUUAGUUACCUUGGGAUGCAGGCUCUCUGUAGUUUUUCCACACUCUUUUGCCCAUCCCCGCCCCAUGAGGAAAUGGCUCUGCUGUUCAUCUUUCCUCUUGGAGAACUGUCGUGACGAUAGGAGCAUUUUAAUGUGUCCAAGUAUUGGUAUUUUACUGUCUGGGGCUCUAUUGUGCGUUGUGAUUCUUACUUCCCAGAUAGAGUAACAGAGAACCCAGAGAAAGGAAACAACGGCCCAGUGUUCCACAGUGGUUUUCACCGUCAUCGCCUGACGCCUUUUUUACCUCGAGGAAGUUGGGCCAUGUGAUGGUCUUGUUUCAUGUCUCUUUCAUUGUAUUGACCUGAGCCUACCUGCUUGGCACAGAUUGCCGCCCGUUGACUGAUCACCUGUUUUGACUCUCGUCACAAAUAGCCAGCAGACAAAAGUUCCAAAAGAAGCAGCCGGGAGGGUCCCGGGCAUCUCUUAGGGUCAUGGAGCCUCAGUGGCAAGGUCACAGGUCCCACCCAAGACUUGUUUGUCUUUGACACUGUUACUGAUGCCUUCAGAGCUGGUCCCAUAGGUGCUGGAAAACCUCCCAUGUUUGGAGAUUACGAAGCCCAGAGACACUGGCAAGAAAUUACUUUGAAUUUACCGGUCCAGGAGUGGUACUUCAAUAGCAGUGAUAACAAUUUACAGUACUGGGGUCUAGACUAUCCACCUCUUACAGCCUACCACAGUCUUUUAUGUGCCUAUGUGGCAGAGUUUAUCAAUCCAGACUGGGUUGCUCUCCACACAUCCCGGGGUUAUGAGAGUGAUCACCAUAAGUUAUUCAUGCGUUCAACAGUUUUUAUUGCUGAUUUGAUGAUUUACAUACCUGCGGUUGUUUUAUAUUGUUGUUAUUUAAAAGAAACUUCACCCAGAAAGAAGAUUGCGAAUGCCUUUUGCAUAUUGCUGUAUCCAGGUCUUCUUCUGAUUGACUAUGGACAUUUUCAAUAUAAUUGUGUGAGUCUCGGCUUGACUCUGUGGGGUGUUCUUGGCCUGUCUUAUGACUGGGACAUCCUAGGAUCGUUGGCAUUUUGCCUGGCCUUAAAUUACAAACAGAUGGAACUUUACCAUUCUUUGCCCUUCUUUUGCUUUUUGCUAGGCAAAUGUUUGAAGAAGGACCUGAAAGGAAAGGGGUUGUUGCUGCUCAUUAAACUCAUCACCACCGUGGUCGCUGCCUUUGCUCUCUGCUGGCUGCCUUUUUUCACACAAUUGGAACAGACCAUGCAAGUGCUAAGAAGACUCUUCCCAGUUGGCCGGGGACUCUUUGAGGACAAAGUAGCCAAUUUCUGGUGCAGUCUCAAUGUCCUUCUGAAGAUAAAGAGCCUUCUUUCACCUCACACCCAGCUGAUGUUCAGCUUUGCAUUGACGUUCCUGAGCCUGCUUCCUGCGUGCCUAAAGCUCACCCUUCAGCCCAGUCUCAGAGGCUUCAAGUACGCUCUGGUUAGCUGUGCUUUGUCAUUCUUCUUGUUCUCCUUCCAAGUACAUGAAAAAUCCAUCCUUUUGGUCUCCUUACCAGUCUGCUUAAUUCUAAACGAAGUUCCGUUUAUGUCAAUAUGGUUUUUACUUGUGUCAACGUUCAGCAUGCUUCCUCUUCUUCUGAAGGACCAGCUAGCGCUGGCCUCCGUUGGAACGACACUAGGCUUUGGGGUAGCCUGUGCAUCUUCCUUUUCGAUAUUUGAGAACAUUUCUGAAGAAGAACUGCAAUUAAGGUCCUUUUCCGUGUAUGUUCGGAGGCAUAUCCCUGGUUUCAAGGUUCCUGCUAAGAUGCUAAAAACUUGGUUUCUAGUCUCUGUGACGAUGAUGAGCCUUCUGACCCUCACGAGCAUCACUGUAGAGCCUCCACACAAGCUGCCCGACCUCUUUCCUGUGCUGGUGUGUCUUGUUUCCUGUUUGCACUUUCUCCUUUUCUUGAUCUACUUUAAUGUUAUAAUUCUAUGGGAUCACAGAAAUGGAAGAAGCCAGAAGAAAAUCAACUAAUUGUCCUCACAAAAACAGCAGAGCCAGAUAAUUUUCAAAAUGUGACUGUUGCUGAAAUUUCAUUAACUUGUGCUGUCCAAAAGUGAAAUUCUGUUGAGAAUCGUGUAUUUUAAAGCAGAGAGGCUGGGGAGCACGAGAGGCAUCGUGGCAGGGUGGGGAAGGGCUGAAAUCAGGAAGCCAUGUCUGCCGUAGACUUUGGCCAAGUGACCCGGGCACAUCAGCAGGGCUGGCGUUUCCACAACUAGAGUUCCUUACCCCAGUGAAGUCACCGGCUUGGGCCCCAAGCCCCCCAUACACGGACCAAAGUCCAAUUGAAGUUCUUUCUAGUUGUGCUUUAGCUGUGGCAAGGUAGGAUCUCAUAAAUGUUGAUAGUGAGAAGGGGGAAUAGGUGUUUCUUGAUGACCCUGUAAGGGAUGUUUCCUAAAUUAUGCUUUGGGGUUGGUUGUACAUACCCUGGAGUUUGAUGAGACAACCUGGCCUUCUCUUUUUCAAGAGGGCACUCUUAGGAUACUGAAAUUCAGAUGAAGACUUGCUUUAGGAGUUGUGGCUAUCCCAAAAGAGCGUACAUGGACUUUUCUACCAGUUUAGUUGGGUUCAUCAAGCUAGAGUAGUUUUUAAACAGUCUUGGAAAAUCAAACAUCAGGUGAUUUCUUAAAAAAAAAUUUAGACAAUAUAAAAUUGUUUGAAAUUUGAUGAUUACAUUCUUUCAUUUGGACAUAUGUGUAAUGGGCACAUAUUUAUUUUUAUAAGGCUGAAAGACUUAACUACCUAGAGUGCUAAUGUACUUUAUACAACUAGAAAUUAGUUCUUCCCAAUUUAAGUCCAAGCUCUCCAAGUUCUUGCCUCUUGUCCAUGGUCUGCCCCCUUCUGGGGGGAGUUUCCUUAAGUUUACUUCAGUGGUCAUCCACAGUAUUUCAUGCCUCUGGAUCCUUUUCUCAUGUGACACAGUGGAGCCUGCCAAGGUCACUCCAGCAAUAACUGGGCCUCAGUAUCAGACUUCAUGUUAACAUGACCCCUUAAUAAGGUAGAAUGAGGCUCCGUUUGCCAAAGCCCAUUCCCAGCAAGGAAUCUCAGUAUGAAUGUCAUAUCUUCUCCAUGUCUUAACCUCUGCCAUAGUUUCCUGUUGUACCUUGUGAUAAAAAGUAAAGCAAAUCA